AUGUCUGGUGGAGCUGAGGCUCGAACACAUGAUAAACAAUGGGAUGUUAGUAAAGUAAAUUAUCUGAUGAAUGUUAAUGUUAGAGCAUUACAACAAGGAAAUUUUGUUAAGAAGCCUGAGUGGCAUCAAAAUGUAUUACCAUUAAGUUUUAUGCAGAAAGAAUUAGAAGGCUCAAGACCGUCAGUAACACCAGCGACUGUAAAAGUAGCAACAAACAAGGGCAACGACAUUACUCAGAUGAAUACAACUGAUUUUACAAUAGAAAAUUGGUUUACUUUAUUAUUUAUUGUUGCUAUUGUUGGAAUUCUUUGUCUGCCAUUGUUUGUAAAGAAGAAAGAUCCGGAAAAUUUGAAACAAGAUCAAACUCAUUCAGAAGACGAAGAUACUACAAAAUCUACGAUGCCACAGAAAAAGAAGAAACACACUUCAACAAUCGUCAUACAAGACGAUCACGAUCACAAUAAUCAUCAUCGUCCAUACAUGUCCUCCCUUCCAAAUCCUUCAGAUCUCUAUCCAAAGGAGACCAACAUACCACAUUUAAAUAACAAUUCACAGAAUAUAAAUCUAUUACUUAGUGGAACACUAACUCUCAUCAUUUUAGCUUUAAUUGGUUAUCUUUUGUGGUCAUGUUGUAGUAAAAUUUUUCAUGGUAGAACUAGAAAAAGAAGUCAAAAUAGUUUUAGUAGUCAUCUUCAUGGUCAUAGUGGUGGUGACACGUCUCCAUCUCCAACAUUGGAUGUUAGUGAACAAUUUAUAUUGAUAUCUGCAGCGUUAGGAAGAGGUGGAGGGAGUACUGAACAAAGUGGUGGUAGUCACAGUCACAGCAGAGGAUUGAAAGGGGCUAUUGAAACCGAGGUACUUAUAGAUCAUUUUAUACAGCCAUUAGUUGAUGCACAAUUUGUACGAAUUUUAACAAAACAAUCAUCUGGUACUUCUAUAUUACAACCCCUAUCUCUAUUACAACAUCAUUUAAAAUAUAAACUACAGAUAAUUGCAACAAAAAAUGUUUUUCGUAUACGUAUUGCAUUUACAUAA